GCUGCGCCAUGUUAUCGAGGAGGAAACGCUUCAAACCAACCGCCGCUUCUUGUCCCGUCGGGGAAGAUUAACAUCCAAGAAACGCCAUUAUUACCACCAAAACCUUCAUCUUUUUCAUUCGUCAGCGUUAAAUUCGCGAUGUCACACGUUUUGUGAUUGUUUUUGCUUGGUUUUAAAGGCAUUAGGCGGUGGUAGCCAUGGAUUUUUAAGGUCAUAAUGCGGCGACUGUAACGCAACGGCAAUGCAUAGUGCUAGGCAACACCAUCACCUGCGAACCUCCAUCUUCGCACCUCGCUCUAAUACCGUCCGCGGUAUACCUGCGAGCCAGCCGGUACCGCUGCUGCUGGACCGGAGGAAGAUAACACUAGGUAGCUAGUUAUCUAUCUAAUAACAUCAAUUUGUUAUCCAUCUAUUCAUCUGAACGUCGUCAACACACAACAUGAAGCCUCAAGACAUCACCGCCGUGAAGAGCAGCAGCAGCCCCAGCCUGUGGAUCUUCGGGUACGGGUCGCUGGUGUGGAAGCCUGACUUCAGGUACAAGAGGAGCCAGGUGGGCUACGUUCAAGGCUACAAGAGACGCUUCUGGCACGGAGACAACUUCCACCGCGGGAACAAUGAGUUGCCCGGAAGAGUGGUGACGCUGAUUGAAGAUGAUGACGAGAGCACUUGGGGUGUGGCGUUCGAGGUGACGGGCUCUCAAGUCGAGGAGUCCCUGAAGUACCUGAAUGUGCGCGAGACGGCCUGCGGGGGCUACGUCACCAAGAUGGUGGAUUUCUUCCCCGAGGGGGAGGAGGAGAAGAAGCAGCCUCCGGUUCAGGCGCUGGUGUACAUCGCCACCUCGGACAACGCCCUGUACCUGGGGCCGGCCAGCCCGGAGAUGAUCGGCGUCCAGAUCGCCGUGUGCAGAGGGAAGACGGGCCACAACCUGGAGUAUCUGCUCCGGCUGGCCAAGUUCAUGAGGAGCAGCUGCCCGCACGUGGAGGACCAUCACCUGUUCUCCAUCGAGGCGGCGGCGCUGACCGCGGUGUCCUAUCUGUUAGCAGCCCAGUAGCUCGUACCCCUUUGUCUCACUAGCUCAUAUAGUGGAUGAAUACAUUUACACUACACACUAACAUUGAGGCUUGUCACCUGUCAUACCACUUCAUCUAUGUUUCAUGUUGUGAAAUGGACCAUCCAGUGUACUUGAAUCCAUUGAAUAAUACUGACGUGUUAACAAAAGGGAAGCAUGUCAUCAAGUGUUUUUUUUCCGAAGCAUUAUGCAGUGUUGAUGAAGCAUGUUGUAAUGUUAACACCUGGUACAUGUUUGUACAUCUGUUACGAAAUUUAUGAUGACUGGAUUGUUAACUGUAAACAUCUGUACACUGCUGUCUUUUAAAAGGCACAUUAACGUUUUUUUUAUUAUUUGCACAGCUCUGAUUCCGUCCGCUCCACACAGACGGUACAGCAAUUAAUUGUGGUGAUGGUUGAAACGGUUUGCAAUUCACCAAGUGGCUGCUGUGUUUUUUUUUCUUUUCUUUUUUUAAAGGUGCAGACUGUUUUUUAAGAAGUUGCUUGUGGCAACUUUUUCAUCCAGUUACAAACACCAAUAAAAAGUGAAAAGAA